UUAUUUGAUAGUCUUUCUCUUGCUAUAUUUGUCCAGCCUCAGCUGGGUUUUCCUGAGAAAGGAUGGCUGAAUCCUUCGUUCUGAACACGGGCGCAAGGAUCCCAUCAAUUGGCUUUGGCACAUGGCAAAUAGAACCUGCUGUUGUCGGCCACACGAUCUACGCUGCUGUCAAGGCUGGAUAUCGGCAUAUUGAUUGUGCUCCCAUAUACCGCAAUGAGAAAGAGGUUGGUUUGGCUUUGAAGAAAUUAUUUGAGGAUGGUGUGGUUAAGCGUGAAGAUAUGUUUAUCACCUCUAAGCUAUGGGCUGGUGAUCAUGCACCUGAAGAUGUGCCAGAGGCAAUUGACACCACUCUUAAAGAUUUGCAGCUUGACUACUUAGAUCUGUUUCUCAUUCAUGGUCCAAUCCGUAUUAAAAAAGGAACUAUGCCAAGCCCUGAUAACUUUCUCCCACCUGAUAUUCCUGCUACAUGGGGAGCCAUGGAGAAGCUAUAUGACUCUGGCAAAGCUCGAGCAAUCGGUGUGAGUAACUUUUCUUGCAAGAAGCUGGAGGACUUGCUAUCCAUUGCACGGGUGCCUCCAGCAGUCAAUCAGGUUGAGUGUCAUCCGAUUUGGCAGCAAUACAAGCUCCGUAAACUAUGCCGGUCAAGGGGUGUUCAUCUUUCUGCAUCUUCUCCAUUAGGUUCACCUGCAUCAUUCGGGGUCAGUGGGGCCAAUGUCCUUAGCAAUCCUAUUGUCAUCUCUGUUGCCGAGAAGUUGGGGAAAACGCCUGCACAGGUCGCCCUACGCUGGGGUAUUCAAAUGGGCCAGAGUGUGCUUCCAAAAAGCGCCCAUGAGGCAAGGAUUAAGGAGAACUAUGACAUAUUUUGUUGGUCCAUUCCUGAAGAUUUGCUGGCAAAAUUCUCCGAUAUCAAACAGGCAAGGUUGCUGAGAGCAGAGUUCGCAGUCCACCCUCUAAGCGUUUACAAAACACUGGAGGACCUUUGGGAUGGCGAAAUCUAAAGCAUAUGAGCUUCUCGGGAGUGAACAAACUGAACGAGCUAGCAAAGACACUAUGUCCCUGUGUUUUAAAAAAUAAUAAUGUCGCGGAUAUUCUCCUUUGUUUCCUGAACAUCUCACAAUGUUCGGAGAAAAAUGUGAAAAUAAUUGUUCUCUUGUCCAUUUUUGAGUCCUGUGCAUCAUGUUUCUCAAAGAAGUCCGUUUUCUGAAUGUCUAAUGCUAAUAUAAUGCUGUGCGUUUAGUUAGUGACUGUAUCUAUUUUGGAAUAAAGGAAUAUUUGCAGUUGA